UGGCUUUGGUGAUGUCAUAGCGACGUGUGCACAAACGUUACGUCAGGAGACGUCACAGGAAUGGUGGACUGCUGUAGCGCGAGGAGCGGUAUGACAACUGUGAGAAACUUACGAGCCGAAAAGACAGCUUUACGACACCACUAAAGCCUUACACUGAUGGACAACAAAAGACGUCAUGAUGAGAGAUAUUGAUUCAAGAGAAAGGGUUCAAGAUGACACAUGGUGUGAAGGGGCACAAAAUGAGGAAGAGGAAGACGAUGAGGAGGUUACCCCAAUAAGAUCCAGUUUCUCUGUGGAGGACCUGCUCGAUGAGGUGGAGAAGAUCAGCAGUGUCGCCAGUAGCGGCAAAAAGGUGGAGAUUGUAGUGAGACUGUGGAAAAAUGGCUUCACGGUAAACGAUGAAGAGUUUCGCAGUUACACUCUAGAAGAAAACCAAGAGUUCUUGGAGGCCAUUAAAAGAGGGUGAUUAGAGCUGCCUCUGGAGCUUGAAGGAAGAGCUGAGGAUGAAGAACUAGAAGUCAAUGUGGAGGACAUGAAAGAUGAAGUUUAUGUCCCAAAGAAAAAGACCUUUCACCCGUUUACAGGCCGAGGUUACAGACUGGGAAGUGUGGCUCCUCGAGUGGUGGCCAGGUCUCGGUCGAUACAUGAGGACUGUUCUGGUCCUCCUCUCCCAGCUGUGGAGCUGAAUGAGGACCUCCCCGUGACCUCCCUCCAGAUCUGGCUGGCAGACGGUCAGCGUCUUGUGCAGAGGUUUAAUCUGUGCCAUCGGAUCAGUGAUGUGCAGCAUUUUGUUGAGCAGGCUCAGAGAACAGAUGCUCCGUUCAUCCUGACUACAUCCCUGCCGUUUCGAGAGCUGAGAGAUGAGGGUCAGAGUUUGGAGGAAGCCGACUUAGUAAAUGCUGUGAUCGUUCAGAGGCCUCUCAACACACAAGCUCCUUUUGGUCACUCCUGACUGUUCCUGCUUGCACCAGAGACUCAGAUUUAAUGGUCCCACACAUUUGACUGUCAUUUCAUAUAUUCUUCCUUAAAGGAAUAGUUCACCCAAAAAUAAUAAAGAAAAGAAAUAUAAAAAGAAAAAGAAAUAUAUUCACACUCAGGCCAUCCAAGAUGUAGAUGAGUUUGUUUCUUCAUUAAAGCAGAUUUAGA